AAAACAGCAUCCACUGCGGCAUCAACAACUCCUUUAAACACAAUGGCCUCCACUAAAACAUCUAAAACAUCCAUGACAUCUACCACCGACAUGAGAACAACACCCAUGCCAACCGCCACUCAGAGUGCACCAGGCGUCACUACUUCAGAGAGCUCCUCCACAGGUAGCACACCCACAUCCACAACAGCCCCGUCUGCCUCUAUCUCUGGCACCUGGCACACAUCCACAACUGAUAUCAGUACUUCUUCUACUAGCAUUUCCCCUUACACAAUCACGUCUAGUGAAAUUGUUGACUCAACUUCAGGAACAUCAGGGACUGUGUCCACAAACAUGGGAACAAGUACCACCCUGACGACAUUGUAUAAUUCUUCAAGUAUUUCUACCAUAUCAUCUCAUCCUAUAUUGAGUACAUCCACAAAUGCAAUAACCACUUCCUUCAGUACCAUCAUCUCAUCUUUAGUUUCCACUAUGACAAUGUCCCCUUCUCUCUCUUACACCAGUGAAAAUUCUGUGCUCAUUACUACUACUAACCUUUCUCCUAUCUCCUCACAUUCCUCCAGUACAGGAAACAGAGGUUCUUCUUCUGUCACCGCUUUUCCUACGUCUUCAUCUUUAACUACAAGAACUUCUCCAUCCAUGCUUUCUCCUAUAACCUCUUCUACUAAAACAACCACCACUUUUACUAUUUCCUCCACUAUCCCUUAUCCAGAAUCGAUAUCAGUUACAAUAGUGCCUACUUCUCCCACUACUCCAUGCAUAGAAAUUGAUCCUAAUGGUAAAGUUACUUCUAUACCCACCAUUCCAUUAUCAGUGUUUACUUCUACUACUGAGUUUGCCACCACCCCUCCUAGUUUCACUAGUAUGACAACUGUAUUUCCUAUACAUAUGGACACUUCUACUUCAGUUCAGGAAACUGACCCCACCAGCAUUAUAACUGAUGCUGCUAGAUCUACCAGCCCUGGGACUGUCCCCAUUAACACAAUUUUGACGAGCAAACCAAGACCCACCAGCGAGAGCACCACAUCACGUAUGUCCAAUUUCAGUAGCUUCCCAUCAACCAUGAAACCAAGCAGCAGCUUUCCAAUUACCAUGAUGACGUCAAGCAAGUUGACAGGCCCCACCCUAACCACUAACAGGACUCUAGAGACAUCAGUGACCACCACUCGGACUUCCACAACUUAUAUGCCACCCAGGACAACUUCAGCCUUUACUCAGAUGACCAUACAGUCUAAAUUGACCACCACUCCAGGCACCUGUGACAAUGGUGGCACCUGGAUACAGGGCCACUGCCUCUGCCCCUCAGGGUUCUCUGGGGACCGCUGUGAGCUCCAGGAGAUCAAGUGCCAGAAUGGAGGUCAAUGGUAUGGCGUCAAGUGCCUCUGCCCCAGUACCUUCUAUGGCAUCCGCUGUGAGUUUGCUGUGGAACAGGUUGAAGUGGAGACAGUGGACGCCGAAGUGGGCAUGGAGGUGUCUGUCCAACAGGAAUUCUCCCCGGAGCUUAAUGAUAACACUUCCAAGGCCUACAUGGAUUUCAGCAACACCUUCAAGCAUCAGGUGCAGAAGAUUUACCAAAACGUGCCGGGGUUCACGAAUGUGGAGAUCCUGUCCUUGAGGAAUGGCAGCAUCGUGGUGGACUACCUGGUUCUGCUGGAGCUGCCCUUCAGUGUCCAGCUGGGGAGUGAGUAUGAGAAGGUGAAGACAGUUUUGAAGGAGGAACUCCAGAAUUUCACUCAGGAUCAGGACAGCUGCCAGAAUGACACCCUGUGUUUUAAGCCUGACUCCAUCAAGGUGAACAACACCACCAGGACGGAUCUAACUGUGAAAGCCAUCUGCCGCCGAGCCGCUGCCCAGGGUUAUGAGGAUUGGUACUUCCCCUUGGUGGAGGCGAACAGGCUCCGCUGCGUCACCAACUGCACGUCAGGCCUGCCUGGCACCAUUGACUGUAACCAGGGCCAGUGCCUUCUGGAGCGGAGCGGGCCCGCGUGCCGCUGCUUCUCCACGGACGCGCACUGGUUCUCCGGCCCACGCUGCGAGAUGUCUGUUGCCUGGAAGGCACUGGUUGGGGGCCUCGUGGGGGCCAUGUUGGUGGUGGUGGUGCUGCUGCUGGCCGCCCUGGUCGUCUUCGCAGUGCACUCCCAUUCCCGGAAGAGGCCCGGCCAAGGCGGAGUCUGGUCCUGGGACUACGAUAGCAAAUGGUUCCAGUUGAGUGAUGAGUACACCGUGGGGACUUUUAUAAACGUGGGCUUCGAAGAUGACAGAACAGUCAAGGAGGAAAACUUGCACGUGGCCUUGGAGACUGUGAACACCAAUAUGAAGGUACAGAUCCAGAGACCUGAGGUGGCCUUGUCCCAGCUGUGAGCUGUGUGUUAUCCCCUCCUCACUGUCCCAGGCAGCAGGAAGGCACCACCUGCACUGUGUCCAGUUCAAGAGAUGGCCCAGGUCUCACGCAGCCCCGUGUCCUGAUUUCUUUGGGCAAAAUCUGACUGUCCUCUGACCUCCAUCUUUCUCCCACUUUGGGUGAAACCCAUCUGGAGUCCCAGUUCAGACCCAGGCUCUUCCUCUGUUGGACUUUGGGAAAAUCUGUUAACUUCUCCAAACCUGUAGAAUUCGUAUAGCACACUUGUUCCGAUACCGGCUCAGUUAUUGUGAAAACCAGAAGUGCUCUGUCAAUUUCUAUCCCAGUACCCAUUCCUGGGUCAGUCCUCAUGCUUAGAUGGCUUCUCUCAGCCUUGGCUGGGUCUCAGGCCUCAGUCUUUAUUUUCCUGU